AAGGGGUUGAUAUAUUUAGAUAAUAAUUAUUUUUAUUAUUACUUAUUUAUUUACUGACUGAAAUUUUGGGAAUGGGAGGGGGUUAAACAUCCAAACACCCCUCCUACCUAUGUCACUGUGUAUUAUGGCCAUCCCACUAUCAUUGUUGUUCAUGGCCAAGAGAAAGUUGAUAACCUAAAGAUGUUGACACAUAAUAUAUGUGUGAUUAUGGGUAUAGGCUGAUAUAUCUAUCAAGAAGCAGUUUUAAUACAAUUCAUCCAACUACUUUUUUUAUUUAACAACUGGGCGCUGUAAAAAAAAAAAAAAAAAUCAUAUUUUAAUUAAUUUAAAACAUGAAGAUACAGGUACUUUUGUGUUUAGCUUUAUGGUUCAUAAACUCUAUACUAGCAGCAAAAUUUGAAGCUUUUUAUCCUCGAGAAGCAUACGGAGUUAUCAAUGGAGCUUCUAGAUCAUCCCAUGGCCAUGGAUCAUUCUACAGCCAUAGAAAUCCAGCUCUUAUAGACGUAAAAAAUUCACCAGCUUAUGGAUACAGAUUUGAUGGAAAAAGACGGUUUAAUUAUGAUAAAUAAAAGAUUUACAAAUAAGUGUUUAAAACUAUUAUAAAUUUUAUUGUUUGCCAAUAAU